ACACCCAAAUGAAGCAGUAGGCAAUGCCAGGAUCAGAAAGCUUUCAUGUGAAAUGCGAACUGCCUUCCGACGAAGACGAAAGUAAUUCACAAUUCGCGAAUUCGUUUAGUCAUCAGCUCUCCUCAGACUACGUGCCUGUUAAAUUGGAACCGAACUCACAAAUAGAUGACAAUGCAUCAACGAAUCUUUUGCAUCAUUUUCAGUGUGUGGAAGGCACGCUGGAAGAGCUAGCACCGGCGCCGGCGGGGCCCGCCGCCACGCCGGUCUGCGAACAGCUCCCAUCCACACACGACGCGUCGUUUGCGACCCUCGAGCCUGCCUCGUACGCAGCAGUUGUGGGUUCAUCACUGAUCGACAGACACAUAAAAAUGAUGAGUGCCAACGAAGUAGCCGAUUCCGCUGACUUUGUGCCUCUAAUGUCCAUCAAAGAUGAACCCACGUCUGAAGGAGAGCAGCAACACUUCAGUGGUGACGACAACAGUGACUCAAACGGUGCAUUGCAUGAGUCUGCAAGCCGAAGCAGUCCUAAAAGUUGGACGCAGCAGGAUAUGGAAAAAGCUUUGGAGGCCUUAAGAAAACACAACAUGAGUUUAACAAAAGCUUCGGCAACCUACGGUAUACCAUCAACAACCCUCUGGCAAAGGGCACACCGGUUAGGUAUCGACACUCCUAAAAAAGAAGGCGCUUCGAAGUCCUGGAGCGAAGCAGACCUCCGGGGUGCGUUGCACGCCCUAAGAGCUGGUGCUAUUUCUGCCAACAAAGCCAGUAAAGCAUAUGGUAUACCCAGCAGCACCCUGUACAAGAUAGCUCGCCGCGAAGGUAUACGGCUCGCAGCUCCCUUCAACGCAGCGCCUACGUCGUGGAGAAGAGCUGACCUGGAGAGAGCUCUUCAAGCCAUACGAUGCGGUGCGGCCUCUGUGCAACGAGCAGCGACUCAGUUCGGAAUACCCACCGGUACUUUGUACGGGCGUUGUAAGCGGGAAGGAAUUGAGCUAUCUCGCUCCAACCCAACACCGUGGUCUGAAGACGCUAUGGGAGAGGCAUUAGAAGCUGUCAGAGUCGGACAGAUGUCCAUAAACCAAGCAGCGAUUCAUUACAAUCUGCCUUACUCGUCGCUGUAUGGUCGCUUCAAGCGCUGCAAAUAUCCACCUGUGCAGAACCAACCAGUACAACAAGACAUACCAACACACUCCGACACGGAAAACCAACCUCAAGAUCCGUACUACCAGCAGAUGUCCCACGCCAUGCUCGCGGAUGAGCUCCAGAGCCCGUACGUACACGAUGUGGACACGUCGCACAUACAGUACGCGCAGUACUACGCGCAGUGCAACGUGUCCAGCUGAGAGUACCACCCCUCCGCGCAGGGGCAAUGACGACUGGUCACAUGAACCUUCAUUUAUAUUAAUUAACUCGUGCAUUCGAUUUGA